CUGAGGCUCCUGUCAGAGCCCUCUGUGCUUCCCCUUCACCCCUAAUCGCUUGUGAUGUUGGCACUGCCAUGUGCAUACACAGCCCCUGAGUGGGGAGGGGAUGGAGAUGUGGCUGGCACCAGCUCCUGACCUCCCCACCCAGCACACAGUGGCCAAAGCCCUGCCCUCAACUUCAUGCAUUAAUGAAGAACCCCCUGGGCCUGGUGCUGGCCUCAGAGGCCAGUCAGCCAACAAGCAGGAAUCUACUCCCUUACUUCCGGAGCAGCAGCAGGAACUGCGUAACAGAGUCCGUAGCAGAGUCUGCCCUGGACAGAAACCAGGCCCGGAGUGGGACUCUGAGGCAGAUGGAUCGCACAACCAAAGUCCAGGGGCCCAGCAGCCUGGGGAGAGCUUUUGUGAAUGGAUAAUGAGGUUGUUCCGAGAGAUGCUAAGGCGACUAAAGAAGAUGUGGAAGGACCUGCUGGCCUGGGUGCAGGAGAAGUGGGCCUCCUUUGUCAGCAAGGUGAAGUACAUCUGGAGUGAGAUUAAGGAUUUCUGCUCCCGUGUGGCAAAGUACUUCUCAAGUUUAUUUCAGUUCUAAGGAGUCCAAUGAGGGCCUGGAGGAGCUCAGUCACACCUCCCAGCACUUGGAUUCCCCCCUUCUCAGAAAGAAUCUUCUAGAGUAACAUUUGCUUUCCUGCUCACCCUUGACCCAUCCUUGACAACCUCCCUCACUUCCACCCUGUUCACAGCCUCUCCACCUAGGUUUCCUGGGUUUCCUUCUCUUGCUACAGCAUUUUAAUAAACGUUGGUUCGCCCAGGGAGGGGGCAGGGGUGGGGGGAGGAGG